UCGUGGCGACCUCACUCUCGUCCGCACGCCAUGUCUCGUCGACAGGUCGAGGCGGCUUCUAGCGAUACAACCGACGCAGCCAACGAUACUGACGGGCGCCUUGUCUUGGCCGCUGAACUGGUCCACAAGGACAUCUGGGCUCAACUGGCCGCUGAGACCCACGAGAUGGAAGUGACCAACAGUAUUAGGAGGAUGACUCCGGCCCUGAUCAUCCGGGUCCGAGGCCUCCAACCCGAGGGAAUUUACAGACUGGUUCUCCUCUUUGUGCCGACGGAAAUGAUGCUUCGAGGACUUGACGGCGUCUUAAUUGCCGACAGGGAGCCCCCUAUGCGGAAUUUAAAUAUUUCCAGCUACGUUCAUCCCUCUGGAGCAUUGAGUGGCCUAUGCUGGAUGUCAGAAUUCAUCGGAUUCACUGACGUAUGGUUGACCACCAACCGAUCUGCUAAUCGGCCUAAGGUAUGCAUGGACCUGUUCAGACGGUACCAACUAGUUGUCCAGUUCUUUGGACCUGGUAAUCCAGAGUCAGUGGUUCUCAGACAACUCCAGUUCGUGACCGUCGCUCGCAGUGCCUCCCGGUCCCAAAUGAAGCUCAAGACAGAGAAAAGGGGCAUCCCAGCUAUGAACGCGAAACGAAAGCGCACAGCAGGCAGCGCAACGUAUCAGAGGUGUGCCGAGGAGAGACAACCCCUACGUGCAUUGGAGCCAAAACAGUUGGAUCAGGACCUGCCAGAGACCAGCUCCAAGCCUUCUGAAAGCAAGCGGCCUAAAGUACGCGACUGCGACUCCUCUGGUCUCCCGAUGAGCCCACGACCGGCAGUCCUACCUCAACAGGGAGCAAAGUCCCCAGGUCGGUACCCGUUACCCACAGUCGCCCAACAAGACUUCUGGGCACUUGUCUUGCCAACCACCUGCUCUGGUGGCGCAACCAGUCCUUCUGGUGCAACAAGUUAUUGUGGUGCAAACAGUUCUUUUAGAGCGAACAGUCGUUUCGACGCAACCAGAUCCUGUAACGCAACCAGUUCUUGUGACACCACACGUUCACGCACUGUUCCCGUCCAGACGUCACCAAGCCUUCAAGACGGUUCGCCGGUUCAGCGCAGUGAGCCAGCCCAUCAGGCUUCGUUAAGUUUUCGCGACUGCUCCCUGCCAUCCACUUCCGAACAGUCAGCCGAGGUUUCAGUAAGGCAACACGACUUUCCGUCAGUCCCGUGUGACAUUCUGGAGAAUGGUCUCGUUCCGAUGGACAUUGAGCAGCGUGAAGGAGACCGUCUCGAAAAAGUCUGUGCUGAUUUAAACGUGUUUCGAAGUUUCGAAGUCGAAGUUUCAAAGAGAACCGAGCAAUCCAGAUGCCCACAUGCCGAAGCAUUCUGGACCCGGAUCUGCGCAGUCUCCUUGAACAUGUCUACUGACUCGGUUUCAGACAUCGUUGCUACUGAGAACACAGACAGUGAAGAGUUUCAAUCUUGCAUCGCUGCGUUAGCAAGUGACAUCGACUGCGAUGCCUCGACGUCGGUCACCACAGUUGGAGAGAGGCUGAUGGAGGUUCUGGUGUCUCAGUUCUUCUCGCUGAGGCUAGGGCACCUGCCCACGUCGCCCCAAUCAUAAAAAGCGACCGUCCAAACGCUUCGUUCCACUACUCUAUAUUCUGGAGGCUUUCGGUUUCUUUGUUGUACCCUGGCGAAGUUAGUCACACAACGCCUUCCAAAAAUGAGGCAAAAAUGAAGUGUCAAAUGCUUCCACUUCACAAAAUUAGCCGAUUACGAUGCCGAAUUAGUGGUCAUGGCAUGCUGUGGCACUCAGGACUCCGAGUUCGCAGUCGUGUUCUAGCAGUAAACACGGUAUAUAGCUCGUAUUGUAUUGUAUUGUAUUUUAUUUGACUUUUCUUGCACAGCAUUCUUCAUGCAUGCUUGGAACUUGUAACCAAUGUAAAUCAGGUUUUAAUCUCAGUGAAAUAUCUACUUCUCCCUUAUCGAAGUGGCAUUUGUGGCUAUUCAUAGUUCUCGCAAUUUUAAUGUCUUGUCUGUUAUUUCAUCUUCAUGACGCCUAUCAUUAAUAAAUAAUGUCUCACACUCAC